UGACCCGGGCCCUCCUCCACACCCCCGUCCUUCCUCGCCCCCUCCCUCUUCCCGGCACCCGGUUCAGCCGGCUAUAAGAAGCGGGAGAGCGCGGUGCCCGAGCCAGCAACCAGGUCCAGCACCAUGGAGAGCUCCCGCCUGCGGCUGCUGCCCCUCCUGGGCGCCGCCCUGCUGUUACUGCUACCUUUGCUGGGUGCCCGUGCCCAGGAGGAUGCCGAGCUGCAGCCCCGAGCCCUGGACAUCUACUCUGCCGUGGAGGAUGCGUCCCACGAGAAAGAGCUGCCAAGGCGGCAACUUCGGGCUCCCGGCGCUGUGUUGCAGAUUGAAGCGCUGCAGGAAGUCCUGAAGAAGCUCAAGAGUAAACGCAUUCCGAUCUACGAGAAGAAGUACGGCCAGGUCCCCAUGUGUGAUGCCGGAGAGCAGUGCGCAGUGCGGAAAGGCGCCCGGAUCGGGAAGCUGUGCGACUGUCCCCGAGGAACUUCCUGCAAUUCCUUCCUCUUGAAGUGCUUAUGAAGGGGCGACAGCCUCCACCUUAAGUUCCCAUAUCCCCUCUUCUCCCCAAAGGAGCACUCCUUUAUCCCUGGAGCCUGGCUUUAGCAACAAUAAAGUUUGCAUUCCCCUCCGAGGGUGAGUGGGCUCUUUCCCUGCUGUUUCAAAAUAAAAGAACACAUUUGACGUUA